AUGAGCCAACAGGAGUCCAACGGCAGAAUCGCAAGCCUCAUGGAUCAGCUAUCCGAGAUGACGAGACACCGGGACAGCCUGGUCAAGGUGUUAUCCUCUAUCGAAACUUCCAUCCAAGUUCAUCAUAAGGGUGAAAGGGUUGGAACUACCACUGGCCCCGACCAGGCACCCCAAACACAUAAUGAGACCACCACCUUUCAGCACUGGCCUGCCGACCAUGUCACAUCCGAUACGCCCGCGAUAGAUGUAGAGGAUGUCGCCUUGGACGUCUUUGCCCCUCCUGGCACAAUGACCUGGGACGUACCGGUGUCUGAUACAGCCGAUCAAGCCGUCGCAGAGACAACGGGGUUUACCAGCAGCUUGCCAGCCGCAGACUCUUUUCCGCUGCCAGGAGACCCUGAUCUGGAGCCAUUUCUCAGUGGCCAUCCGCUUUCGGCUCGUCAGACUCACCAGGGCGACGGCGUCAUCGUGCCUGAGCCGGAUUCGGCUUGUGAGUGUUUAGGCUCAAGGCAAGAUCCCGGAAGUCCUGGUUUCUCAGCCGCGGCUAGCAUAUGGCGCUGUGCCAACGAGGUUCUUGGUGGCAGAAAGAUGCUGCCUAGGAACGUGCUGGAUAUGGAAGACGACAUGAGCGACGAUAUUCCGGUACGCGUCAUCCUGGAAGGUUGGGAAGCCGUCGAAAGAUCAGGCAGGCUGCCGCCGUUGUGGAAGAAGUUGAGGCGGACCGACAGCCUCCAGUUCCGCGACUGUCCGGAUACCGAGCGGCUGGCUAUUCUGAGACUCAUGCACCAACUUCUCCGGUAUCAAGCGGAGCCCACCAUUGAGCAAUGCGCCAAGUUGCCUGCCUGGUACCUCAGCAGGUAA